GCCAUCAUGAAUGAAAGCGAAAGUAAAACUUGUGCAGAGAGAACGAUAUGUCAGCAUGAGGACCUGGUUGUAAUUGGCUGAGAAGUAUUCCUGUCACCCCAAUAUUGUUAUGCCCCUAAUGUGCUGCUACAUCCUACAUAUUGAUCCAUAAAAGCAUUCUGUGAAGUUACUCAGUAAUUAAGAUGAAAUUUACAACUACAUUUUUGCACCUACUUCUGAUUUUUGCCACUGAUGCUGUGUAUGGCAGUCACAACUAUGCUACAGUGGCUACUAAUGGUCAACCAUUCCCAUGGGCUGAACGUAGACUCCCUGAUAACAUUUUUCCAGUCCAUUAUAAUUUGUUAAUACACCCAAACCUUACAACUCUGAAAUUUACUGGAUCCGUCAAGAUUGAAGUUGAUGUGACCCAUAAUACCAACACGGUGAUCCUGCACAGCAAGCACCUCCAGAUCAUCAAGGCAAGCAUAGAAGAUGAAAUGGAUGACAGUUCACUGGGGGUAGCCUUGCAAGUGCUGGAGUACCCACCACAUGAACAGAUAGCCCUACUCUCAACAAAUACAUUACUGGCAGGGAAAAAAUACUUUGUGUAUCUCAGUUAUGCUGCCAACUUAUCAGAGGGCUUUCAUGGGUUCUAUAAGAGUACAUAUCAUUCAAAAGAUGGUGAAACAAGAAUAUUAGCAUCUACCCACUUUGAGCCCACCUCAGCACGAAUGGCAUUUCCUUGUUUUGAUGAGCCAGCUUUUAAGGCCAACUAUUCAAUAACGAUAAGACGAGGGGCUGAACACAUUGCAUUGUCCAACAUGCCCAAGGUAAAAACAGUACACUUGGGUGAUGGUCUUUAUGAGGACCACUUUGAUAUCAGUGUCAGGAUGAGCACCUACCUUGUUGCAUUUAUUGUUUGUGAUUUUAAAUCUGUAUCUCAGAUGACUUCAACAGGAGUUAAGAUUUCAGUUUAUGCUGUACCUGACAAAUGGAACCAGACCCAUUAUGCUCUUGAAGCAGCAGUGAAACUUCUGGAAUUCUACGAGAAGUAUUUCAAUAUCUACUAUCCACUGCCAAAGCAAGAUCUUGUUGCCAUUCCAGACUUCCAGUCAGGAGCAAUGGAAAACUGGGGCCUAACCACUUAUCGGGAGACUUCCCUACUUUUUGAUCCUCAGACUUCCUCUGUCUCGGAUAAACUGUGGGUCACCUUGGUGAUAGGUCAUGAACUGGCUCAUCAGUGGUUUGGCAACCUGGUCACAAUGGAGUGGUGGAAUGAUAUUUGGUUGAAUGAAGGAUUUGCCAGAUACAUGGAAAUUGUUUCAGUUGAAGCCACAUAUCCUGAACUGCAGGCGGAUGACUAUUUGUUGGACACUUGCUUUGCUGCCAUUGGUAGGGAUUCCAUGAACUCAUCACGUCCUAUUACAACUACAGCAGAAAGUCCCACAGAGAUCAAUGAGAUGUUCGAUACUGUGUCUUAUGAAAAGGGGGCAUGCAUACUUCACAUGCUAAGGAACUAUUUGUCCAAGGACGUCUUUCAGAGUGGGAUUGUCCGCUACCUUCGGAAAUACAGCUACAGAAAUGCGAAAAAUGAAGACCUCUGGAACAGCAUGGCUAACACCUGCACUGAUGAAGAUUUCACCUCAGGAGAAUUCUGCUACAGCAGCAAUCAAGCAUUCAAAAACAGAUAUAAAUAUGGUGGUGAACAUCUCGAUCUAAAAACAAUGAUGAAUACUUGGACCUUGCAGAAAGGAAUUCCUUUGGUCAUUGUUGAUCAACAAAAUAACAUUGUCAGGAUCAGACAAGAGAGAUUCCUGAAAGGAAUUUUCCCUACUGAUCCAGUAUGGCCAUCUCUUCAAGAAGGGUACCUCUGGCAUAUACCUCUUACAUACAUUACAAGCAACUCAAGAAACGUUGAAAAACAUUUGCUUGAAACAAAAUCAGGAGUUAUUGAUCUAAGGGGAAAUGUCAGCUGGAUUAAGUUUAAUACAGAUAUGAAUGGAUAUUAUAUUGUCCAUUAUGAGGGAGAUGGAUGGGGCAAAAUUAUUAAAUUACUGAAGGAGAACCACACUGUGCUGAGUCAUAAGGACAGAGCCAACCUCAUUCAUAAUGUUUUUCAACUGGUCAGUGCUGGAAAACUCUCAUUGGACCGAGCACUAGACCUGUUCCUGUACCUUCGUUUUGAAACGCACAAUGUUCCCCUGCUUCAGGGCCUGGGAUACCUUGAAGCCAUUUUUAGAAUGAUAGAAAAGGCAGGCAAUCCUGAUGUUGCACAAAACCUAAAGAAUUACAUACUGAAAUACUUCCAAGAUGUUAUUGACAAGCAGACAUGGAGUGAUGAAGGGUCCAUUUCAGACAGGAGACUUCGAUCUGAGGUCCUCAACUUAGCCUGUGACUUUGACCACCCUAUGUGCGUGAAGAAAGCAAAUGAACUCUUCAAGGAAUGGGUCAGAUCCAAUGGCACUCUCAGUUUGCCCACAGAUGUUAUCAUGACGGUGUAUUCUAUUGGAGCUAAGAGUGCUGAAGGAUGGGAUUUCCUCCUGGAAAAGUACAAAAUUUCCCUGUCAGGAGCAGAAAAAUCUAAAAUCUUAAGUGCUUUAACAAACACAAAGGAUGUUGACAAGCUCUUGAGAUUGCUACAUUUGGGAAUGAAAGAAGACACAAUCAGAAUGCAAGACCUACCCUCAGCUAUUUACAGUGUGGCAAUAAAUCCAGUUGGCCAUUCCCUAGCAUGGAAUUUUGUAAAGAAAUACUGGAAUGAACUGGUGGAAAAAUUUGAGCUGGGCUCUUUUUCUAUAAGAACCAUCAUUGUAGGAACUACAUCUCACUUUUCAUCUAAAGAAGACCUGAAUGAGGUGAAAAUGUUUUUCGAAUCUAUAAAAGAACACUCUUCCCAACUUAGAGCUACACAGAUUUGCCUGGAGAAUAUUGAGAAAAACAUAAGAUGGCUGGAAAGAAAUCUUGAGACUCUGAGGACCUGGUUGUUAAAGAAUAUUAUGUGAUUUUAAUGGCCUAAAGAAUGGAAAAGAAGAAAUAGGCAGCUGACACACACACAUGAAAUCAAUUUGUGCUUUUUAAGAUGUCACCUGGAGGAAUUUCUGGUAAAAAUAUACAAUCUACAGGACUCAAAAGUGUUUGGAAAGGUUGCAUUGUAACACCCCAUAAUUCUGUCUCUACUGAACUGUUGAUUCUACCUGCCUUAAUUUGCUUUCCUUUACAAAAGUACAAUUAACUUGACAGAGACACACCCUGAAAGGUGAAAAGGCAUGCUUUCUUGUGAGACUUGAGUGUCUGACUUUGUAUAGUUUACCUCUAUUUAAUGCGGUACAUCAUGGUGUCAAAUGGUGGAACUCUUUGUGCUCAAGCAAAAUAUUUUUAAAGUGGAGUUUGGGUAAUUGUCAACUUGUAAUGUUUAAUCAGUGAGUAUAGAUUUCUGAAAGACAACCUUGGUGUUUUUCAUUUUGAAUUUGUACAUAAUUGUGGCUGGUUUGGUAUAAUUGGGUGUUUUUAAUGGUUAAAUAAGUAUGUUGUGAUGUGCCUCUCAAACUAGUACCUCAGUAUUCAAGUAAAUUAGUAAUGGUGCUUAGACAAUUUACAAAAAUAUUUUUUCAGACUUUCCAUUAACUAAUAUUUCCUAACUUAUAACCGUACUUAUAUUUUUGGUCUGCUUGUACUGCUCAUCUUAAACUUUAGUGUUUUUAUUUGCUGCCUAAAGAAAUCAUAAAGCCAGUUUUCAUGUGUAACUUAUUCUCCUCAAUAUUCAUAUUUUACUUUAAGGGUCUUUCUAAACAUUUGCCUUGCAUCUAAAAGUACAGCCAGUGAUGCUCACCUCAAUGCCAUGUUAUCCCCAUAUCCAUUAUGAUACAGUAUCUAAUUUAUUUAAUGUCCCAUCCAUACAUCCAUAUUUUUUAGCCCGCUUUUCCUGUUAAUGAAUUAUGGGAAGCUGAAGUCUGAAUGGGAUGCCAGCUAAUUAAACAGCACAUUCUCAAAAUCUCAUUCUUAUAGGAACAUUUUACUGCUCUUUGACAGCUCAUUAGACUUAAGGAGAUUCUCGUUUUUAGUUUAUUUAAGAAUCAACUCUGUCACAGAUAUUUCUGCUAAAAUUCCUUAGAAGAAUUAGCUUUAGAUAAUACGUAAACAUAAGAUACAACUGAGGUAAAAUGAGUCAAAAAUGAGAAUUUGGUUUGAAAAGGAUGUGAGAUUUCUUGCUACUCUUGUUUUAAUCUCCUUUAAGACUUCAUAUUUUUCACUUUUUGUUGGACUGAUGCCAUUAUCCAAGGUGACAUACAACAUUUGAGAUACAAUUAACUACAUUUAAUUUAUUUUUCUAUUCGGAGCACAGGCAGGUGAAGUGACUUGCGUAGGGUCACAUGGUGUCAAUAGUAGGAUUUGAACCCACAAUCUCAGAGUUUGCAGGCUUAACCACUAUGCUACACUGCCUGCCUUUUCUUAAGAAUGAGUAUGAUUGGAGUACAGUAAUAUAAAUUAGAGCAACUAUUAGUGUUAUUCAGACACAAGAACUGCUGUUUUGUAAUUGUAAAGUGUGUUAUUACCACAAACAAUUGUCUAUACAUUUCAUUAUAUAUUAAUAAGCAGAUACUGCAGAUACUUACAGUAGUGAAAGAGGCCACCAAGAGACCCACAGGACCUCUAAAGGAGUCAACUAAAAUGAAAUCCACUGUAAUUCAAUGUUGUGAUAAUAAAAUGUGAAAACUUC